GUCCGUCAACCUUUUGCAGUUUGCAAAGUCUACAACAGCCGGUCGCAUCUUGCUGUCGAGGUCUUGUACUAUCGCUUCUGUGGCAGACUAUGCUCCAGUAGAACUAUCCAAAGCCUUGUGCAAGUCUUCCAUGACGUCAGCCUUACUCAAGCGUUGGCAAUUUGUCAGCGACUGGGGAACGAACUCAUUUGAAAGCUUCACGGCCAUCACUGUUGGACAGGGAAUGGAGCUUUCAAGGUGGGGAGGUUGCCCAUUUGGUACAGCGCCUUUCGCCUAGUUUUUAAAAAAACAUGUUGGUCUCUUUCACCCCUUCACUAGCGAAGACCUGCACUGGCUGAACCAGCUCUUCGAACGUCGUAUUCUCUUUACCGAUCGAGGGAAAUCGAGCAUCAUGGUGAAGCUCUUCAUAACGGGGGCUACAGGCUACAUUGGAGGCGACGGCUUGUAUGCCGUUGCGACAGCGCAUCCAGAGUACGAGAUCACCGCUCUCGUACGCAACAGCACAAAGGGGGCGCAGGUUGCCAAAGUGUACCCAAAAGUCAAGCUUGUUUACGGUGACCUGGACAGCUUCGACGUUAUCGCCCAAGAGUCUGCAAAGGCCGACAUUGUCCUGAAUUUCGCGAACUGUGAUCACGAAGGCGCUGCUAAGGCCAUUGUCAAGGGACUUUCCUCACGCUCAGAGCCGGGAUACAUCAUCCACACGAGCGGUACGGGCAUCUUGACCGUACAGGACGUGCUGGCCAAUCGAUACGGUAAGGAAGACCCUAAGAUCUACGACGAUUGGGAUGGAAUUGGCGAGGUCAUCUCUCUCCCUGAUAGUGCGUGGCAUCGUAAUGUAGACAAAAUUAUACUGGCCGCCUCCAAGGCGCAUCCCAAUAUCAAGACUGCCAUUGUAUGUCCACCGACUAUAUAUGGACCAGGAAGAGGACCAGGCAACACAUUCAGCGAUCAAUGGUAUCUGAUGUGUAAAGCAUUCAUACAACGUGGCCACGCCUUCACCAUUGGCGAAGGCAAGAACAUCUGGACCAAAGUUCACGUGCACGACUUAUCAAAUCUCUACUUGACUCUAACCGAGGAAGCUGCAACAAAGGGUGCUAGAGCUACAUGGAAUGACGAGGGGUACUAUUUCGCUGAAGAUGGGGAGUAUGUCUGGGGUGACAUGUGCAAGCGAAUUGCCCAAGAAGCAAAGAAACAGGGUUACAUCGAAAGUGAUGACCUCCAAACAUUUACCAUAGAGCAGGGAGAUGAAGUGACGCCGAAUGGUGGUAAGAAAUGGGGUUACAACUCUCGAUGUAAGGCUAUUCGGGCGAGAAAGCUAUUUGACUGGAAGCCAGUUGGUGAGAGCAUCGAGAGCCUUCUUCCACGGCUCGUGGAAGAAGAAGCUCAGAAACUUGGUGUGGCCAAGACUCAUGCUCAGAGAGCUGCUGGUGCGGUUUGAGAGGCAGAAAAACUCAAAGUCAAUGGUUUCAAAUCCGGCAUCCAGCGUUUCCGAGCUGCGAGCCGACGUACUGGUGCUAGACACGACAGCUUCACCGGCUUGAAGUGCUCUGGUACUUGCUGUGGUGAAAGCGUCCGGAUGAGAGAUGGCAAGUCGAAAAAUUCGAAUCCACAAGUGUUUCUCCUAGGCCCUAUGUGAAUUUUUCGGGUCCUUGCUAGCGACAAAUACCUUUUUUUUUGGCAUUUCGGGUCGCUCCGAUGCGUCUCUGUGUCGCCAUUUACCGUACGCAAGCAUGACAAACCCCUUCUUCUAGCAUCUGCUUUUACCCACAGCGCGCCUUUCCAGGUAGAUGGGUUGAAAAAUGCCAACUGGGAUUGUUUCUGAAACUUUAU